ACUUAGUGUGGUUCAUACAAAUAUUUAAUUUGUCUUUUUGCUACAAGAUCCUUUUGUUCAGUUUAAUUAACUUUUCUUCUGUACAUGUUUGAUGCAUCUUUCUCACUGUCAGCAGAAAGCCAGCUCCGCCAUCAUCACCCCGAGAGUUUCCACUGACUCUGACAAGCAUCAAGGCUUUUGCGCCUUCCGACCAGUGACACCUGAGGAGGCUGUGGAAGAAAGCCUCCUACUAGACUCCAUUGCUUGGCCUGAAACCUCUCCUCUCGUCUCUCUGGAGCAGACCAGCGAUCCUGCCCACAGCACCUUCACAGUUCUCCCGAGGAAGGGGGGAGGACAGUGGCAUGUAGGAGACCAGCUGGAGGUUAUGAUCAAAAUGCAUGACUUCCAGGGACAUCCCAGGAAGUCUGGAGGAGACCUUUUACUCUCCCGACUGCACAACCCGAGGCUUGGUGCAGGUGUGGCUGGCCAAGUGGUGGAUCAUCUCAAUGGCAGCUAUUCUGCUGUAUUCACUUUAAUCUGGGAAGGAGACGCGCAGGUUGAGGUGACGUUGGUUCACCCUAGUGAGGCUAUCACACUGCUACGAAGGCUGAACAGGGAAGUGCCAGACAGGAUUUACUUCAAAAGCCUCUUCCGCUCAGGAUCAAAGACUGAAACGACCACCUGUAACGUAUGCCUACGUCCAGCGCAGCGGCCGCUCUGCAACUACACUGACCUCCGUACGGGUGAGCCAUGGUUCUGCUACAAACCAAAGAACCUGAGCUGCGAUGCCAGGGUCAGACACUUCACUGGAGGAUUUGAUGAAAACCUCACAGCCAAGGAGAAGAAGCUCUUUCAAAAUAACGUCAACAUGAAAGUCCCCAUUCGGGCGUCAGGAUCUCCCAGUGUCACUGUGCUGCCACACGAGGCAGGUCAACCAGAGGUGAGGAGCAGUGUUGUCAAGUCUGGGCCCUCUGGCUAUUACUACCAAGGAGCGUGGCGAGCACUAGGUGGCACCGUCGUUCGCCAAUUCAAUUCUCCCUCUGCAAUCAGUCAGUGUCUGAGAAGCAAGAUGAUUCACGUGCACGGAGACUCCACGGUGAGGCAGUGGUAUGAAUACCUUGAUGCAGCGUUACCAGAUCUCAAGGAAUUCAACAUACACAGCAUGAGGCAAGGUGGACCCGUCAUGGCCUUCGACUAUAGAAACAACAUCUUUCUGAAGUUCCGCUGCCACGGUGCUCCACUCCGUAUUGAUAGUUUUCCAAGUAGGGAGCUGCAUUACGUGGCCAAUGAACUGGACAGCUUACCUGGAGGCAGUGACACUGUUGUAGUUCUUGGCGUCUGGGCUCAUUUUGGCACUUUUCCCAUCGAGGUCUACAUCCGGAGGUUGCAGAGCAUCCGCAAAGCAGUGGUGCGGCUCCUGGACAGGGCUCCGGGCACGCUGGUGGUCAUCCGGACUGGAAACAUGAAAACAAUGGACUUUAUGAAGGCACUGACCAACAGCGACUGGUACUCGAUACAGCGUGACAAGGUGCUCAGAGCUGUGUUCAAAGGAUUGAAUGUUCGUCUGGUGGACGCCUGGGAGAUGGUCCUGGCUCACCACCUGCCGCAUGACCUCCAUCCACAACCUCCCAUUAUUAAGAAUAUGGUUAAUGUUCUCUUGUCCUACAUAUGCCCUCAAUAG